AGGGAAAACCAGGUCGACAUACAGAAACCAGCCUCUGCAAAACAAAUAGUGGGGCUUUCCGACAGAGUAAUCGUACAAAACCAAGUGUUUUUUUACCUUUAAAAGGGUACCCUACCCUUAACAGGGUCAGCUGUGCUACAAAGGAUGCAUCAACAAAGGGCAAAGAGGACCCCUACCUCUCCUCUCCUGAAAUCAAGCUAGUGUUUUUUUACUCCGUACUUGAAAGAUCUAUUUCAGUUGCUUUGAUUUGAUUUCUUUGCUUCCUUUUUCAUCUGUAAAUAGAGUGUCCUUCAAACAAUCCUUUUAUGGGUCCUUUUUAGUUUCUGAGAUCCUAUAUGUUUUUUGGAGUUUGAAACUUGGAUCUGAUCUUUGUGGAUUGUGGUUAGGGCUUGUUUUUUUCAUGCAAAAACAAGAGGAACCCAUGUCUUAAAUGUCUGGUUCAUGAGUAUGUUGGUCUGGUUUUAAGACAAUUGAUAAGGUUGUUGGUGUUCUUGUUUGAAGAUCUAUCUUUGAAAAGCCAUGGCUAAUCGAUGGUGGGCUGGGAAUGUGACAGCUUUUAGAAAUUCAUCUGAAGAUAAUCAAAUGGGAGGUUUUAGAGCUAAUAUUAGUCCUUCGAAUGAAGAUCGUCGAGAGGAUAAUGAAGAUAAUAGAGAAAAUAUCGAAUCGGAAGACCAAACUCAAGCCCUCGAAACCGUCGAACCAGGUUCGGGUUCUGCCUCUCGCCGUCCGAGAGGUCGACCGCCUGGUUCGAAGAACAAGCCAAAGCCUCCCGUUGUUAUCACUAAAGAAAGCCCCAACUCUCUUCAUAGCCAUGUGCUUGAAAUCGCUAGCGGCGACAAUGUUGCCGAGUGUAUCGGCAAUUUCGCUCAACUCCGCCGCUGCGGUGUCUCGGUUUUGAGUGGAAGUGGUGUUGUCACCAAUGUUACUCUCCGCCAACCAGCUGCCCCUAGUGGGGUGAUCACUUUACCUGGAAGAUUCGAGAUCUUAUCUUUAUCCGGUGUGUUCCUGCCCGCACCGUCUCCCCCGGUCGCGACGGGGCUGACGGUGUAUUUAGCCGGCGGGCAAGGUCAGGUUGUCGGAGGCAGUGUAGUCGGGGCACUAGAUGCAUCCGGACCGGUUAUGGUCAUCGCUGCGACAUUUACCAAUGCGGUUUUCGAAAGGUUGCCUAUGGAGGAUGAAAAUAGCGGUGGUGGCGGCAGCGAUGGCGACGGACAUAACAAUAACAAUAGUAGUAAAGACGGCGGUGAUGGAUAUUCGGAGUCUCAGUCUCAAGGUAUGAGCCAAGAUCAUCCCCAAGGUGGUUCAAUGCCAAUGUAUAACUUGCCUCCUAGUUUGCUGCCUAAUGGACAAAUGCCUCAUGACCUGUUUUGGGGUACUACGCGGUGUCCUCCGCCGUUUUCUUAACCGGAAACGGCAAUGGAUUGGUGGGUUUUUGGUGCAAAACAAGUUGUGGGUUUUGUUUUUUGUUUUCAUGUAAGAGUAGUAUCAAAGGUAGGGCUUUUUGUUUUUACCAUGUUCAUAGUUUAUGAUC